AUGCCAGCUCCAAAAGCAACAAAGAAGUCGGGAAAAGAGAACGCGCCCUUGACAAAGUCCAGGGUGAUCAAGGGUAGGGACGAGGGUAUGGAUGACGAUGAAGGGUCAAAUGUAGACGAAGAUGGUCCUGGCAAAAGACCACCCAGCAGUCAAGGAGGCAUUACAGGAUCCAAGAUUGGGAAAGUUAAGGGAAAGUCGGAAGAUGGAGUGGAUGAAAAGAGUUCGGGAGAAUUACAGAGGAAGUUUAUGGCUAUGACAGCGGAAAGAGAUCGAAUACGCUCACAACGAGAUACAUUCGCUACGCAGUUCGAGGAACUGAGCAAUUUACGAAAUACGGAAGCUGAAGCUCUUUUUGACAAAUUUCGGUCUAAAGCGGAACAACAUGCCAGAGCCCAAACAGACGUCAUCUCGAGUCUCACGGUACAUAAUGAAAAAUUGCAAGAAAAGAUUGCGUCUUUGGAAAAAGCUUUGGCCUCCGUGCCCGCUGGUCUUCCAUCAGCUGGAGGGGUGUUCGAGGCUGCUGCUUCCAAAGAGGGAUCAAGUAAUAAAGAUAAGGAAAGGUUGGAAAGACGAGAAAAGGAGAUAUUGUCGUUAAAGGAUGAGCUGGCGAAGACUCAAGCGAAUGUGAAAGAACGUGAAAGCAGGAUCUCACAGCUCGAACGUGACUACAAAGCUGAAGUGGCUCACUCUCGCUCUCUCCAGGCAUCUUCCAAUCGGAAUCCUCUGGCAGCUUCCGUAUCCACAACACCGGAGGAAGCCGACAAAGACGCUCAAAGUUUGAAGCUAUACGAAGACUUAACAGAUCUCAAUAUUACGAAUGUCAAGAUCAAGACUGGAAAAGCGGGAAAAGAGGUGACAUUCAUUUGCGUGCAGACUGUCGAGGGGAGAAGUCUCAAUUUCAAACUUCGAGCAUAUAACGAACCCGAUCCUUCUCUCGUAGGUAAGGGUGACAAUCCGUGGAUCAAAAUGCUCCUCUACACACCCGAAGGACUAGAGUACGAAGAUCCUACAUUCAAACAACGGUUGGGAUUCUUUGCUAGUGAAUUUGUUGCUCCCCGCGACCAGGCACAGGGAUUGUGGGAGAGUUUGAAAGUGAGGAUAAGUCCUAAUGGGGAAGUGGGGGAUGAUGAAUGA